ACCCGUCCCCGACCCCCCCCCACUCCUACCCCCGCGGGUUCCCGGAGCUCUGGGGCCCGCCGGAAGUGAGUGCGUACCUGUCGGCCCUUUCGAGGGGGCCGGGGGUCGGGUUUGGGGGACUCAGGGCAGGCCUCCGAGCCGCCGGAAGCCCGAGUCCGCCCCGGGCCCUGGGCUCUCGCUCUCCUCGGUGGCGACUUGGGGUCCCAGAGUGUCUUUCGCUUCCAGGCUGGGCGAGAUGGAGCUGCGACCGUGUCAAAAAGCCGGAGAAUCAAACGGUUAACACUCAGUCCAAGUGCAGCUUUGAGGGAGCCGAGAGAGCCGAGUGCAGGCGAAAUGGCCCUGGUGCCCUAUGAGGAGACAGCAGGAGUGGGGUUGCAGAAAUUCCACAAGCCCCUUGCCACUUUCUCCUUUGCGAACCACACGAUCCAGAUCCGGCAGGACUGGAGACAGCUGGGAGUGGCGGCGGUGGUUUGGGACGCGGCUGUCGUUCUCUCCACGUAUCUGGAGAUGGGAGCUGUGGAACUCCGGGGCUGCUCGGCGGUGGAGCUGGGUGCCGGCACUGGGCUGGUGGGCAUAGUGGCUGCCCUGCUGGGUGCUCAUGUGACUAUCACGGAUCGGAAAGUAGCAUUAGAAUUUCUUAAAUCAAACGUUCAAGCCAACUUACCUCCCCAUAUCCAACCCAAAGCUGUUGUUAAGGAGCUGACUUGGGGACAAAAUUUGGGGAGUUAUUCACCUGGAGAAUUUGACCUGAUUCUUGGAGCUGAUAUCAUAUAUUUAGAAGAAACAUUCGCAGAUCUUCUGAAGACUUUGGAACAUCUCAGUAGCAACCGCUCCGUGAUUCUUUUAGCUUGCCGAAUUCGCUAUGAACGGGACAACAACUUCUUAGCGAUGCUGGAGAGGCAAUUUACUGUGAGUAAGGUUCACUAUGAUCCUGAAAAAGAUGUAUAUAUUUACAAAGCACAGAAGAGAAACCAGAGGGAGGACUUAUAGUUGACUUUAAUUUAUAAGAAUGUUGUUAUUGCGUGUGUCAGUGAAGGUCUUAGACUGGGAAUUGAACAUUUAAUGAAAUGGCUUACUGAACAAAAAGUCUAACCAAAGGUUCUCAAGGGACAAAGCACGUUUUAAAACAAAGCAGCAGUCUAUCCCACUGCUAUGACUUUUUAGUCCUAUUUGACUCUGAAAAAUUUAACCCCCAUUAAAGGAACAUAUUGAGAUAUCUGUGUCCCAUACUCCUUCCUCUUGAUACACAA